ACCUUUUUGGAAGUUGCUGACAAUUCAGGCGUGGUUUCAGUGAUUAUGUGGAAUGCCUUGUGUCCUGAGUGGUAUAAAUGUUUGCAGGUCAGUUUAGUUCUUCUGCUUCAACAGCAUACCAUUAAGAGAAGUUAUCCAUUCAGGAUGCAGCAUCCCCCUAUGGAUCCACAUAUGAAACUAAUUUCUUCAGUAGAAAUCUGCCUGAACCUUCAAGAUCCUCCAACUAAUAUAAAUAUCAUUCCAGAAUAGUAGUUGAAAUCAGGAUGGAGAUUGCCGCAAUUAAGACACCAAUUUGUCACAAGCUCAGAACUGGAUAAUUUGCCAGUAAAUCAUAUCUGUGAUGUUACUGGGAUUUUAGUUUUUGUAGGAAGGGUACAGCGGUUAAAAAAGAAAGAUAAUGAAGAUUUUUGGACAUAUCGCUGGAUUCACAUUGCUGAUGCAACUUCAAAACAACCAUUUAUUGUGGAAUUGUUUUCUACAUCUCAGCCAGAAAUCUUUGAAAAUAUUUGCCCAAUGACAUAUUUUGUGUGUACACAGUUGAAAGUUGUGAGAAAUAAUGACCAAGUACCUAAACUGGUUUACCUCACUACUACAAAUGAGAGUCAAAUGUUUAUUACUGUUGAGUCACUCUUGACAGCUAUAAGUGAAGUGAGGAAGGAGAUUGAAGACUUGCAGUAUAGGGAACAAAAGCGCAUUGCAAUUCAGGGGAUAAUUACUGUUGUAAAGUAUAUACCCCAUAGCAGUGCAACUGAAAGUGCUUCAGCUUCAGAAACACUUCAGAAUGCUAAUCUCCCCUCAACAUCCCAAGCAGCAAGAGGAGAAAGUCAAAGUCGGGAAAGAGAUGGCAAAUAGUAUCGUCGUGACGGUGAUCCUGCAAGUUCUCAAACUAAAUAUACAAGUUUGAGUCCUAGCAGAAGAAAAAAAAGAGUUCUGCAAGGCCCAAGUGCUAAAGUGAACUACCAAACUGUUUUCCUCAGUGAGUACACCAUCUUAUACCCCCACCAGCAAUGUGAUAUUAUGAAAGCAGUAACUGAGCUGAAUAGAGCACAUAUCAUCAGUAUCUUGGAUAGCUGUAAUUUGGGUGACAAUAAAAUAGAAGUCUGUUUGCAGAAAAUUUAUACUCCAGAGAAUAUUUAUUAA